CCGUCUUUCCACUAUGGUCUUUCUCAGUCUUUCUCUCUGAAGGCGUGUUAGAAGAAGAACAUGCCGUUCCAAAGAUUUGUACAAUCUGGCCGUGUGGCCUAUGUGAGCGAUGGUCCUUAUCAAGGCAAACUAGUUACCAUCGUUGAUGUCAUUGAUCAGAAUCGGGUUCUGGUCGAUAGUCCAUUAUCUGGUGUAUCCCGUGGUGAGAUGAGACUCAAUGAGCUUCACUUGACAAAAUUCCGUUUACGUUUUCCAUUUUCUGGAUCCUCUCGUGUCGUGCGUAAAGCAUGGGACACGGCUAAUAUUAACGAACUUUGGAAAGAGACGAUGUGGGCCAAAAAACUUGAAGCCAAGAAGAAACGUGCAGAACUCAACGACUUUGACCGCUUCAAGCUGCGUAAAGCGAGGCAGAUAAGAAAUAAGUUGCGGACGGAUGCGUUUUACAGAUUGAAAAAAGGGAGUAAAAGUACGAAAAAAGUUGAAAAGAAAUAAUAUUUUU